CUACCUUUUCCCAGCAACCCAGCAGCCUUUCUUCUCAGUUCUCACUCCCCUCCAGGCCUCCACUCCACCCUGUCGGCGAUCGAGCCAUCCAUCCACCGAUGCCGCCCGCCUCCGCCGCCGCCGGUGACGGCGCGGCGCCCGACCAAGAGCCGCCCCCGAGCCCCCCACCCCCGCCUCCCCCUCCCCCGCCGCCUCGACCGGCGCCCUCCCUCGCCUCCGCGCUCCCCUUCUGGUUCUACCUCACCGCCGCCGUCUCCCUCCUCGCGCUCCUCCUCCCCCACCUCCUCCCUUCCUCCUCACCCCCACCCCCUCUCCCCUCUCUCCUCCGCUCCCACGCCUCGGGCGGCAGCGUCCUCAAGCUCCAUCCGGGCCCCGACCUCUUCGCCGUCACCUCCAAACCCACCACCACCGCCGCGGCGCACCGCCCCGCUGUCCUCGUCCUCCCCGGCCUCGCCGCCGGAUCCUUCUCCUUCCGCCACGCCCUCCGCUCCCUCUCCUCCCGCGGCCUCCUCGCCGCGGCCGUCGACCUCCCGGGGCAGGGCAUGUCGCCGCCCUGCGACGCGCCGCCGCCGCCGCCUCCAAGCAAGAGCGCCUUCCGCGAGAUCAUGGACCGCGGCGUCUUCCACGCCUUCGAGCACCUCGUCGAGACGGGCGAGGUGCCGUUCCAGGAGCCCGCCGCCGCGCCGGAGCCGCCGUCCCACGCCCGGCUCUACGCGCCCCACGAGGCGGCCGCGUCCGUCGCCCGCGCCGUGGACGCGCUCGGCCUCGGCGCCGCGCCGGUGCACCUCGUGCUCCACGACUCCGCGCUCGUGGCCGGGGCCGCCUUCGUGUCGGCCAACCCGGCAGCAGUGCGGAGCGUCACCCUGGUCGACGCCACGGCCGUCCUGCCGGCGUUCCCCGUGGCGGUUCUCGGCGUGCCGGUGCUGGGGAGCAUGGUGGUCCGGGUGCCGGCAUUGUUCAGGGGACUCCUGCGGCUGUGCUGCGCGCGGGAGAUGGGCGCGGAGGUGGCCGAGGCGCACCGUGCGGCGAUGCGAAUGGAGGGGAAGAGGGAUGCAGUGUUUGAGUCAUGGAAGGCUCUGAAUCAGAGCUUUGAUCUGAAGGAGUGGAGGGGCUCUUUGGAGGCAGUGAGGAAAUUGCCGAUGAUGGUGCUGUGGUCGGGUUCUUGGACUGAUAGGUGGAUCGAUGAGGGGAAGAAGGUGGUCGCGGCAUUGCCGGAUGCCAAAUUCGUCUACCAUUCCGGUGGUCGAUGGCCUCAGGAGGAUGCGUAUGAUGAACUCUCGGAGCUGAUAGCAGAGUUUGUGACAUCAUUACCAACAUCUGUGCGGUCGCAGCAUAUUGACCAAUCUUCUGAACAAGCAACAGCUCAAGAGUAAUCAAGUUGUACAAGAUUCAUCCCCAUGGUUCAGCAUUAAGGUUGUGUGUUUGGAAAUGCCUGUGGGCAUAUGUUUUCCUAACCUUCAUAGAUCCUGCUGUUAGAAGGAAAUAUGUACCUAUCUGUGGUUACAUCCUUUUCGUUUCCCCACUUCAUGUACCACUCCUUCAGGAAUUGCUGAACAAAUGAACCCGUAGAGCCUUCGGUUUUUCAGGUGAUGCUGACUACUUGACUAGUGUAACUUGAGACUGACUCGCUCAAGAAGAAUUUGUGUACAAUUUGGUUCACACAAACCAUCUAAUGUUACAUUGCUUUGCUGU